GAAGAAAACAAAAGAGAAUUGAGAAACGACUGUUUGAAAUUCGAAUCCUUUCUCUUCCAACUUGUGUGAUAUCCUCCUACAAUGGAGUUCCCGCCAAGAGCGUUUUAUCCACGGAGAUUCCAGGCCUCUCCGGCGCAAUACACGGCGGAGGGAAGUGCUGCAGGAGUAUCGGCUCCAGAUCUCCGAGAUAAGCUCGCGACACUGGUCGAUCGCAACAAGAAAGUGAAAAUGGCGUAUCAUCAACUCCAAUCGCAGAUCGCAUUCGGUCUUGUCGAAGCAGGUGAAGUUUUUGAUUCUUUGGCGAUCCCUUUGAUGAAGCUGGUUGGGUUGAAAACGUCGGAGAUGGAGAGUGAAGGGAGACACUCCACCUUUAUUUUCAAUACUGAACGAUAUCAUAUGGAUACUGCCCAAAAUGGAGUACGGACUUGUGAUCUGAACAAUCAAAUUCGCAGUUCAAAGGUAGAAAAUUAUGCUGCUAAAGCCGAAUCAGCGGGAAAAGAGAUCUUGCACAAGCAUAAGGGGCAGCUCAGACAGCUAGUUCAUAUGCUUAAGCACAUUGAAACACAGGUGAAUUCACAUCGGGAAGACAUUCUGCAGAUGGUUGACGAUCGCAGAACCUUCUUUCAAGAAUUCAUCCAGAAAUCUCUUUAUUACCUAAGCUCGGUUCACAGCAAAAACCAUGACACUUUCCCUGUCACAGUGAAGCUCCUUCGCGUCCUAUUUAAUAACAUCAACGAGAUGCUCAGUUCAGUAGAUAGUGGUGUUAAUGAUCUUAUGCAGGCUUUAGCAAAGAAUAUGUGUCACCCGAUGACCAAGUACGUAGGCAACUUGGCAGCUGAAAUAAAGCAUGGCCCUUGUGUGCAACUGAUGAAUGUAGUGAAUGAGAUGGAGAGAGCAAACUCAGAUACAAGGAGGGAGCUACAAGAUGCUAGAGAAAGGAUUAGACUUGCAGAAGAGACAAAGAUAAACGCUUUAUCCAAGCUGAAAAAAGCUGAAGAUCAAGUUCAGAGAAUGACAACAUCUGCCAAAUUUCUUCUACCCGCGAGUCAGAAGAAGAAACAAGCUGAACAUUCUAUUACUGGCAAGCGUAUAGGCACAGAGGGCAGCCGAGAACACGAAGAGAAACUACUUUGGGAACUACUGAGCAAAAGGAGAAAGCAACAAGAGCCAGAGAGUCCAAUGGGACCUAAAGAACUCAUCAGACAAUCAGACACAAAGCAGAAGACAUUGGUGUACAAUCGCCGAAGGACUAGGAGCCAAGCACUGUUAAGUUCUCAAACCGCACGUCCUGAUGCUUUGAUCCCACUUGGUUUGUCACCUUCUGCUAGAACAGCUGCAAGAGUUUUGGCAAGUGUGAUUGUGAUGGGCUCUGGAAUCAUAGCCAGGGCUUGUACUCAGGCAUAUCGUCAGGCGCUUGCAAAUGCAUCUAAAACUGGGGUUGCGCAUGAAGCAGCGCAGAAUAUUAAGAGAGGGUUGAUAAUAAGUGAACCAGAAGCUAGACAGAUUCUUGGUGUAACUGAGAAAUCAUCUUGGGACGAGGUUCUUAAGAAAUACGACACGUUGUUCCAACGCAAUGCGAUGAACGGAAGCUUUUAUCUCCAAUCAAAGGUCCAUAGAGCUAAGGAAUGCUUGGAGGCUGCAUACCAGAAGAAUACAACAACAAGCGUAUGAACAAGCAAUGAAACUUUAGGAGCAAAUCAGGAACAUAUCUUUUGAUACAAGUUUUAGUUUUAGGACGACAAGUUUGAAAUUGUGUGGAGAUAGCCGCAAAAGUUGAAAUGAGACAAGUCGGUGAUGGCCGGAGGUGGCCAGUAACCGACUCACCGGCCGUUGUUAAAGUCUUGAUGUUUUUGUUUAAUAAUAUUGACAUUUCUAC